AUGUCGACGCGCCUCCCAACCAUUCUUGCCCUCCUUCUGGCCCUGUCAAUAUCGGUUCUAUCCGCCAGCAUCCUGCCCACCUCCGCCUCGAGCACAUUCCCACAAUGCGGCCUGACUUGCGCAGUCCUGACAAGCGCACAAACGUCUUGUGAAUCAGGGGACGCCGCUUCAUGGACCUCAUGCUUCUGUCAAUCGGCGCUACUCACCGGUCUCAAAACAUCCGGAAGUAUAUGCUCCUCUUGCAGUUCCGGUGAUCAAACCCUCCUCUCCACUUGGUACAACAGUUACUGCAGCUCCGGCGGUACCACCACUGCAGCUGCGGCCACAACUACUUCCUCCGCUGCGGCCGGCGCAACCUCAACCACCGCUUCCAAGUCCACUACUAGUAACUCUACCACCGACACGGAGAACAAGUCUUGGUGGAGUACACAUUACCGCUGGGUGGUCAUGCUCAUCGUCCUUUUGAUUGGGUUCUCCCUAAUCGGCGCAUUCGGCGUAUGGCUUAAACGGCGUUACGAUGCAAAACGGCCAAACCUCUACCAUGGCGGUAGCAGUGGUGCGCUGAGCACUGCGUCUCCACCUGGUCCCCGAGACGCAGCAUGGGGUCCUGCACCUGUCGCUGCAAACUCGGCACGCAGUCUGCCUUCUGGGUCUGUGGCCAGCUCACGGUCUAACAUUGCCAAAUCGAGCACGCCUGUUCCGGGGACAAGGACCAGGUUGACGAAAAUCGAGCAAAUUCCUGGGGAUGUGGAAACUAGGCAGGUUUAG